CGUAUGAAAAUUUGGGAACAGAAAAAAAUGUAAUAAAAAGCGGUCCAUAUCCAUUUAUAUAGCUAUUCUGUAGAUGUUAAGAGUUGAGAGUUACUAAUUAUUUUGCAGCUACCUGACUGUCUUCUGCUACCAAUUACUAUCAAUCUGUACCUGUUGUUUUCUCCAGAGAUGUUAGUGUAGCAUGGAGAAUGAAUAAAUGUGCCAGGAGUGCAGAAAGUCUUUUCGGAGAAAAAGUAAUUUAAAGAGCACGAGAAGAGACACAGUGGAGCGUGUCCUUACCACUGUUGUGGGAAAAACUACUCUUCAAAAGCCCAUCUAACCAGACAUCGAUGCCAGUGUGUUUUCAAUAACUGAGGAUGAACAUUUCUGCAACAUCCGCAGUGUUUGCUGAGAAUGUCACUGCUGGCCCAAUGUUGGUAGAGAAUAUUACUUCUACUACUAGUUUGAUUGGAAACACUCAUACAACUCUGAGGAUUGUUGAUGCUGUGUUUGGUAAUGACUCGCUUAUUUCCACAAACUGGAGUUCCAUGGCUUUGGGCUGCUUGUCAUGGAAGCCACCAAACCACACCUUAUUUCAGGUUGCCAAUGCAGUUUUGUUCCUUGGGCUGUUGUCACCCCAUAUAAAGCAUGGAGUUCUGUUCUUACAUACAGCAUUUGUGAUCAGUUUCCUGUUGCUGUCAGUAUGGGCCUGGAUUGUAUUAUGUGCUCCGGACUAUUUUUCCUGGAACUUUGCGUUCAUGAUUAUAAACAUCAUCCAGACAUUGAUGAUACUUUACAACAUCAAACCUAUAAAGUUUGAGGAGAACAUUGAAAGACUGUAUCAGACUGUGUUCCAACCAAUGAAUGUCUCCAGGAGAUUAUUCAAGAAGUUGAUAGACAAGAACUUUUGUCUGGAAUCCACAUUGUAUGAAGGUGAUGCAUAUGCUGCACAAGGUAUAACUAAAACUGAUCGUCUCGGACUGCUUGUUUCUGGAACGAUGAAAGUUUACAGCCACCGUAAUCUGUUACACCUCGUACAGGAGAUGGAAUUCAUUGACUCUCCUGAAUUUGAAAGUAGUGUUACUGGGGAUGAGAAAUUUCAGGUGUCAGUGUAUGCUGCCACAACCUGUCGCUACCUCUACUGGCCUCGACAGUCACUUGAAUAUCUUCUCAUGAAGGAACCUUUUCUGGCUACUGUACUCAAUACGAUCAUGGGGCGGGACAUUACUAACAAGUUGUAUGCUCUCAACAGCAGAGUCAAGGAUCCAAGCCAAGAGCGAUCUAAGGAUACAGACAUACCUUUAAUGUUGGACCCAUGUGGAAAAGUUGGUGACUUACGGAGGACAUUGGCCCAGCUGUCGGCACACGGGGCGCUAACUGGACAGACAAAUGUUAGAGGGGAGUACAAUGACGCAUGUCUAGUGGAGGAACAGGAAGAGAGUGAAGGCCCCUACUCAGCAACCGAGGAGGAAGUUGAUUUGCUGAAUGCGGAGUCGAGAUUGACUUAUGAUAACCACUUGGCUAGAUCUAACAACUCCCUGCACUCUGACCAGGGAAUACACUUCACUGUGAAGGAACAUCCUAGGAUUCAUUUCAAUAUACCACCAAAAUAAAGGUGUUUGAUUAAAUAUACCACCAAAAUACAGGUGUUUAUUUCAAGGUACCACCAAAAUACAGAUGUCUGUUUCAAUGUAAGGCCGUAGGCUGUUAUUUUCAAUAACUCGGGUUAUUUUACGAUAAAUCACACUUUGGAACUUGUUAUUUCGAUUCUAACACGACAUACUAGUAUCAGCAGUGUUAGAAAAAAUGGUAACUACUUUUUACAACAUGAACUACACUUCGUGCUACACACAUGGAUCAUACUAUACAUAAAGGAUGACGUCACUACUUUGCAUGCGCAUGGGUUAUAGGUUAUUUGCUGGUCGUGUUAGAAUUAUCAAUAUACCACCAAAAUAAAGAUGUUUGGUUUAAUAUACAACCAAAAUGUUUUCAAUGUUGAACAUAAGUAAAGGGAUAUUUAUUGAUAUACCACCAAGUUAAUAAUAGACCUGGUGUCUAUGUCAGCCUACAAUAUAUCACUGAAAUAAAGGUGUCUUUGUUAGUGUACCACUAAAGUAAAGGUGUCUUUGUUAGUGUACCACUGAAGUAAAGGUGUCUUUGUUAGUGUACCACUGAAAUAAAGGUGUCUUUGUCAAUAUACCAUUUUAGGUAUCUGUUUCAGUAUACCACCAAAACAAAGGUGUUUCAAUGUACCACCUGAAAAGUAUAAAAUGACAAGUUUUUCACUUUAUGGAUAAGUCUGCAAAAUUUGACCUGCCUGGACUCAAGUUUCACCUGACUAUGGCAAAAGAGUAAAUUAAACCCUGAACUGAGAACCAGAAAAUGUACAGCAGGCAUAAUCAUUAAUUAGUAGACAUUAUGGAUUUCAUAGUUUCCAUGUGAAGACCUAGUUAUAAAUAUCAUUUGAGAUGUAAAAUGCUUUUAUUGUACCCUGUACUUGGCUUAAUGAACAUUGUAUUGCUCUUCAUUAUUUAGUUUUAGUGUUUCUGAUAUCAAACUUUGUAACUAUGUUCAAAGACUGAUUAUAUUUUGAUGACAAAGGUGGUUAAUCAGACUUUGGCCAACUAAUAGAUUUGUUCAAAACUUAACCAACUGAUCAUUUACAUUUAUUUAUGUUCAUUGAGUCCUUAAUACCCGUCAGAUUUUCACUGGAAGUAUUUUUAAAAUUUGAUUUUCCUAUCCUGGUUGCCCAACUAAGAUAGUGUUAUUUUAGCAUAAGUAUAAAUUAAAUGAAUCUAUUUUGACUAACAAGUAUUACGAAUAUAAACACUACAGUAUCAAAGUUGGCCAAGACCUGCAUUGACAGGUACAUAUUUUGCCAAAAUUUAAAAGGAAUGCAAGUUAUUAAAUUAUUAUUACCUCCCAUUGUCUAUUUUGGUUGUGCAACCAAGAUACAUGUAGGUUGAAAAUAGAUGAAUUUCGAAGCUACACACAGUUUUAAAACUUGCCUUUUGUUGUAGGUUGUUGAAAUAUCCCAAUAUUUAUCAAAUGCAAAUGUGAAACUAGAAAUUAUAUUAAUAACAGUCCACUUUAUAAAUACUGUUAUAUUAAAGAGUGGUAAUUUCAUAAAAAGUAAUAAAAUACACAUUUCCAAUACUAUAGGGAUCUAACUCUGUGUAAUGAGUCUUUUUGUUCCAUAAAAAAUCUCUAACAGAAUAUUAGUAUAUGAAAACUGUCAAAUGUUGCUUAAAUGUGAUUGACCACCUUUAAACUGGGCGCUGGUUGUUUUUAUCGUUGUUGUUGUUGUUGGACACUUUGUUAUACUUUGAUAUUGAAAGAACUAGAAAACAGAAAAUGAAACUAAAAUGAAUGUUUGAGUACAUGUAAUGCGAAGUUUCAUAAUCUUUUGAAAUUUGUUUUGUUUAUUGCUUUUUUUAUGUUUUAGUAUUCAUGUAUGAAGCAGUAUAUACUUACUGAAUGGCUGGCCUGUCAAUAGUCAGAGCUGUUGCACAAGGUCCAAAGGGCUAGUGUUUUAUUAUAUAGAGGAUAUUACAUUAGUGUCUUUUCAUAUUGAAUUUUACGCUUUUACUAUAUAAACAAGUCAGUUUGACCAACGUCUCCUAUACUAUAAAUGACGUUGACGUCAAGACUUUAUUACACUAGUGUAUUAUCAUUUUUAGCUCGACUAUUAGAAGAAUAAGUAAAGCUAUCCUACUCACCACGGCGUCAGCAUAACACCUUGGUUAAGUUUUUCGUACCAGUCCAUAUUUUGACAAAGUCUUUUGAGAUAAAGCUUUGAAACUUUCAACACUUGUUUACCAUCACCAUGACCAGUUAUAGGCAAGAGCACAUAACUUCAUCAAGGAUUUUGGCUGAAUUACGGCCCCUUUUGACUUAGAAAUCAUGGUUAAGUUUUUCGUACAAGUUCAUAUUUUGACAAAGUCUUUUGAGAUAAAGCUUUGAAACUUUCAACACUUGUUUACCAUCACCAUGCCCAGUUAAAGGCAAGAGAACAUAACUCCAAGGAUUUUGGCUGAAUUAUGGCCCUUUUUGACUUAGAAAUCUUGGUUAAGUUUUUCGUACCAGUUCAUAUUUUGACAAAGUCUUUUGAGAUAAAGCUUCGAAACUUUUAACACCUGUUAACCAUCACCAUGUCCAGUUAUAGGCAAGAGUACAUAACUCCAUCAAGGAUUUUGGCUGAAUUAUGGCCCCUUUUGACUAAGAAAUCUGGGUUAAGUUUUUUGUACCAGUUAAUAUUUUGUGUAAAGUGUUUGACAUAUGGCUUUGAAACUUUUAUCACUUGUUCAGUUUAAUAGACUCUAUCUGUAGAGUACAUAAUUGUGUCGUCUAUUUUGGCAGAAUUAUGGCCCUUUUUGGACUUGGAAAUUUGUUCUGUUUUCAUACAAGUCCACGUUUCAUCAAAACUAUUUGACGUAUUGCUUUUAAACUUUGAACACUUGUUUAUCAUCAUGAUUUCAAUUUGUAGGCAAGAGUACAUAACUCUGACAACUAUUUUGGCUGAAUUAUGGCCCUUUUUGAACUUCGAAAUUGGUUCACACAUUGCCAUUUAGUGCAAGACUUAUCGAAAUCCACAAAUACAGGAACAUUGUUUGUCUUAUCUUUUUUAGCUCAUCUGAUUUUUUGAAAAAAAAUGAUGAGUUAUUGUCAUCACUUGAGCGGUUGUCGGCGUCGGCGUCUGCGUCGGCGUUGCCUGGUUAAGUUUUAUGUUUAGGUCAGCUUUUCUCCUAAACUAUCAAAGCUAUUGCUUUGAAACUUGGAAUACUUGUUCACCAUCAUAAGCUGACCCUGUAUAGCAAGAAACAUAACUCCAUCUUGCUUUUUGCAAGAUUUAUGGCCCCUUUUGUACUUAGAAAAUAUCAGAUUUCUUGGUUAAGUUUUAUGUUUAGGUCAACUUUUCUCCUAAACUAUCAAAGCUAUUGCUUUGAAACUUGGAAUACUUGUUCACCAUCAUAAGCAGACCCUGUAUAUCAAGAAACAUAACUCCAUCUUGCUUUUUGCAAGAUUUAUUGCCCCUUUUGGACUUAGAAAAUCAGUUUUCUUGGUUAAGUUUUAUGUUUAGGUCAGCUUUUAUCCUAAACUAUCAAAGCUAUUGCUUUAAAACUUGCAACACUUGUUCACCAUCAUAAGUUGACCCUGUAUAGCAAGAAACAUAACUCCGUCCU